CCAGGAGCCGACUGGAUAUAAGUAGUGAACAUUGCAGCAGCCAGCCUGUCUGUUUUCUUACAAGUCCCUCAAAUUACGCCCGCAUUCAAUAACAUGUCACCAACGUCUCCACUUCAAGGAUCUAGAGAUCCAUGUAUGCAGGUGCCUCCCUAUUGCAUUUUUCUUACGCUCUAACAUUACAAUGACAGACAAAACACCAAGUCCUGAGCAACUUCAAGCUAGUAGCAGCAAGUUAAAGACACAACAUGAAGCCAGGUCAAAUGGAUUGGUCCAUUCGCGAGAAGUUCUAAAGAAAAGAGAUGUUCAGAGCCCUCAAGGCUACAUGGAAUCGUCUUAUUCACCUCCUAGCUCCGCACUUUCCUUGUCAUACUCAGCGUCCUCAGCAAGUUCUUUGCAGCGUUGUUCUACACCACCACCAACUACCAGAACUCAAGUCCCCUGUAGCGAGCUCGAAGGGGAAGAGGACGAUUUCUGUAUUGCGAACAAGCCUUCCAUCAUACCUAUUCCCGGCUACAAAUCCGAUAAUGAGGUUUCACACCAGUGUACAACGACAGAUGCUGCAGUAGAUGAGAAGUCUACCGAGAAGCACAAUUCAAUGACCGUACAUUCGUCAAAAGUGACACAAACUUCUGCCUCAACCAUGCUACAUAAAGAAGAUCCUAAUAGAUCUUCUAGUCCCCUACAUAGCGAGAGAUCAACUCCUGACCCCGAUCUUGACUCCAUAUCUUCUUACGGAAGCACCCACUCAGAAGAUGAAUCCGAUGAUGAAACCCUCUCAAACAUCCACGAGGAUAGUGCUACACGCGCUAAGUAUUGGAAGCUGCAUCUGGAUCAGCAAAGUCUCAUCAAUGUGUCAAAAUCAGCUUUGAGCAAUCUACCUCCUGAGAUUGCAGGCAAGACGCUGACUGCUCUCGGAGCCGUUUUCCAGUCAUGGAUGACCGGUAUCGAAUCAUAUGCCAAUCCACAUAUUUCUGAAGUCCCCAGCCAUUCAUUCCCUGAGGUAACCGGAACUCAGCCCCAGAAUAAUCCUCCAAGUUAUUUCCAGAGGACCACCUGCGAUGAACGUAAAAGAAAGUCAAAACCUGAGUCUGACAGCGACCAGUCCGACAGCGACCAAUCUGCAGACGAAAACAAACAUCCACGCAAAAGAAAACGUAACGCUCCAUUCGCUUGUCCCUACUACGCAGAUGACGAGCGAUAUUGUAGAUGGACGCCGCACGGCGAUUUCAGUCAUUGUGCCAAAGAUCCUGGAUUCAAAGAAGUGCAUCGCGUCAAGUUAGGUUUCCUCCAAUCCUCUCUAGAUCUUAUCUAAACAAGUAUUCCUAACCAUCUGUGUCCAGAGGUCACCUCUUCAGAUACCACCUCAGGAAACCACACUGCUACAGAUGCGACAAAGUGUUCAAAACCGAAAACGAGC